AUGGCGUCUCCCACGCUCAUCUUCCUCUUCUGGGCCUUCUUCAUCCUUCCGGUACUCUCCGACCCACGAAUCACCCAGGCAGACUUAGUCUGCGGUAAUAUCAGCGCGACCAACAAGAGCAUCUUCGUUCCGAAUUUCAUAUCAGCACUAGACGCCGUCACGCCGCUGAUCGCCAGGCAACGCUAUGCGCAGUUCGUCACCGAUUCAAACGUGGAGCGAGUUUACGCAUUCGGACAGUGUAUGUCUGAUCUUUCGCAGUCGGAUUGCAAUCUAUGCUUUGCUCAGUGCAAAACCAGCAUCCUCAGGUGCCUUCCCUUCCAGCUGAACAUAAAUGAAGGUCGGAAUUAUCUCGAUGGGUGCUACCUCCGGUAUGAUUACUACAAUUUCUUCAACGAAACUACGAGCCCCAUGGACAAAACUCUGUGCAACAGGACGAGAUCUUAUGGUAACCAGAGUAAUUUCGUCGUUAAUGCAGUGGCGGCUAUGAGGAAUUUGAGUGCUCAGGCGGUUGUGAACAAUGGGUUCUGGAGGGGUUCUUUUGGUGGCGGGAAUUCAACAGUUUAUGCAAUAGGCCAGUGUUGGAAGACAUUGAACAUGAGCUCCUGCAAGACUUGCCUAGAUGCAGCAGUUUCCUCAAUCAGUUCUUGUCUUCCUGCUAUGGAAGGGAGGGUUCUGAGCUCAGGUUGUUACUUGAGGUAUUCUAACUAUCAGUUUUACAAUGAUUCAUCAUCUACAAGUGGGUCCUCUGGAGGUGCUCGAAAAACUGCAACUAUAGUUUCCGUGUCAUUUUCCGCUCUGGUGGUUCUUAUAAUUGCAGUUGCAGCUUCAUUCUUUGUAAAAAAGAAAAUUGAAGAGAAGCGAAAAGAGAAGAGGCAGCUCGGACGCCUGGCUGCCGCUGUCAGGAAAUCUGCACUAAACUUCAAGUAUGAAACGCUUGAAAGAGCCACCAAUUACUUUGAUCAGUCAAAUAAACUCGGCCAAGGAGGAUCAGGUUUGGUUUACAAGGGUGUGCUAUCAGAUGGCAAGACUGUAGCCGUAAAGCGACUAUUUUUCAAUACAAGGCAAUGGGUCGAUAAAUUCUUCAAUGAAGUCAAUUUGAUCAGUGGCAUUCAGCAUAAAAAUCUUGUCAAACUGCUGGGUUGCAGUAUUGCCGGCCCAGAAAGUCUCCUUGUUUAUGAAUACGUUCCCAAUAAGAGCCUUGAUCUUUUUCUAUAUGGUGGUGAAAACACUCCAAUACUGAGCUGGGAUGUGAGAAAAAAUAUCAUCUUGGGAACUGCAGAAGGUUUGGCUUAUCUUCAUGAGGAGUCGAAUCUGCGGAUCAUACACAGAGACAUCAAACUGAGUAACGUACUUCUUGAUGAGAACUUCACGGCCAAAAUUGCAGAUUUUGGUCUUGCUAGAUGCUUCCCACUUGACAGGACUCAUAUUACCACUGCUGUUGCCGGAACCCUAGGAUACAUGGCUCCAGAGUAUCUUGUCCAUGGGAAAUUGACAGAGAAGGCAGACAUUUACAGCUUUGGGGUGCUUAUAAUCGAAAUAGUAACUGGGAGAAGGAACAAUUCUUGCCAGCAAAAUUUUGGCCAUUGUUUACAAAUGGUUUGGAACUUUUAUGUGUCAAACAAGCUAACUGAAUGUGUGGAUCCAAAGCUAAGCGGCAACUUUCCCGAACAGGAUGCAGUUCAUGUGCUUAAAGUUGGACUUCUUUGCUGUCAAGCAUCAGCUGAGCUCCGACCACCAAUAUCCAUGGUAGUGAAGAUGCUUACCGAUAGAAAUUGUACCAUCUCUUCUCCAACACAGCCUCCAUUUCUGAACUCUAAUGUGAUCAACCAAGAAAUUCCUUUUCUUCCAGCUAAUGAACUUCAUCAAGAAGUCUCUGCCUGUGAAUCUUCAUAAAGUAGCUUGGCAAACAAUUAUCUGUGUUUGGAGAGAGGGUAAGACAUGUUGCUUUGGAGCACAAAAGGUUACUGCUCAAUCAUGCCCCACAAAGACAUAUGAUUCAAGCAUCUUGAACUAGUGAAGCAAAUCUGAGUUCGACUGCUUGCAGACCUUGAGCUACCCUUGAGAACUCUUUCCGAAGUGAGGUUAACUCAAUUAGGAGAAACUGCAAUCCAGAAGAUGGCUCUAUCAUCAGAAAAGCAUUUUUUCUUGUACCUCAAAGUGAAAAGUUAUUUCGUUCACACACACGAGAAUUUUUUUGUCAUGUUAUUUGCAUUAUUGUAUGA